AUUUCGUGGUGGAUAUGGAGGCAGUGAAGCCGCAAGUGUGCCGGAAGUUCACUCUGGAAGAGCUGGCAAGCGCAACAGCAGAUUGGGCCGAGGGGAACAGGAUUGGCAGCGGCAGCUUUGGGGAUGUUUACAAGGGCAUGUCUCCGUACAACCCUGAUGACAUAUGGGCUGUGAAGCGAUCUAGGUUUCUCUCCAAUGACUUCCUCACUGAGGUGAACGAGAUGGCAUCGAAGCACCACCCCCACCUGGUGCGCCUUUUGGGCUUCUGUGUGAACAUCGAUCUGAGCACGAGCCGCAUGGAGCAACUGUUGGUGUAUGAGUUCAUGGCCAACCGAGACCUCGAGAGCUGGAUUGGACCUGGUGCGCCACAACAUCUUUCACUGUUGCAACGGCUGGACAUUCUGAUUGGUGUGGCAAAGGGACUACAUUACUUGCAUGACUUUGGCAUUGUGCAUCGCGACAUCAAGCCAGCCAACAUUCUUCUCGACACAAGAAUGCAGGCCAAGAUUGCUGACUUUGGUCUUGUGAAACUCAUUGGGGGCACCGUUAUGGGCACGUCUAUGGCUGCCACUCGAGUGAUGGGAACACCAGGCUAUGUGGACCCAGCCUACUACAAGUCUCACAAGGCCACUACAGCAGCAGACGUCUACAGCUUUGGAGUGGUGAUGCUGGUGGUCAUCUCGGCACGCAAGGCCUUGCACGUGGAAGAGGACAGUCCGAUCAGCCUCAAGCAAUGGGUCGCCCCAUUCGUGGAGUCCGGUGCCGUGACAGUAUUCAAGGACCCCUACUUGGAUGCACCCAAUGAUCUCGUGCUGCGUUUGGCCCGCCUUGCCCUCUCCUGCACUGCCAUGCCUGCGGCCUCCCGCCCCUCCAUGAACCAAUUGCUGGGAGAGCUGGUGAAGGUCAAGCAAGAAAUGUUUGGAGCACACGUGAUCAAUGCUGUAUCUCCUAUCUAUUUGGGAACUGGGAUUUCAGUCUCUGGAUCCUCUGGCUUCACUGCUGAAAUGGCUCGUGCGGAGCAAGAGGGUUUGUAGAGUGGUUCCUCUAUUAGCAUGU